CUCGUGGUUCAGGGAAUGACUGAGGGACUGGUGGCAGCUCGGCUCAGGCUGCCAGUGGGCUCAGGCCCAGAGCCCAGAGCAACCAGCACAAUAGCGUCCAACAGCUGGAACGCCAGCAACAGCCCCGGGGAGGCCCGGGAGGAUGGGUCCGAAGGCCUGGACAAGGGGCUGGACAACGAUGCAGAGGGUGUGUGGAGCCCGGACAUCGAGCAGAGCUUCCAGGAGGCCCUGGCCAUCUACCCGCCCUGCGGCCGCCGCAAGAUCAUCCUGUCAGACGAGGGCAAGAUGUACGGUAGAAAUGAGUUGAUUGCGCGCUAUAUUAAACUGAGGACGGGGAAGACUCGGACAAGAAAACAGGUAUCCAGCCACAUACAGGUUCUAGCUCGGAAGAAGGUGCGGGAGUACCAGGUUGGCAUCAAGGUCUCUAGCCACUUGCAGGUUCUAGCCAGGCGGAAAUCUCGGGAGAUUCAGUCCAAGCUGAAGUCCUCAUCUGAGCCUCGUCUAAUUCAUCCUCCCUCUCCUUCACAGGCCAUGAACCUGGACCAGGUCUCCAAGGACAAAGCCCUCCAGAGCAUGGCAUCCAUGUCCUCUGCCCAGAUUGUCUCCGCCAGCGUCCUACAGAACAAGUUCAACCCACCCUCCCCUCUGCCCCAAGCUGUCUUCUCCACUUCCUCACGGUUCUGGAGUAGCCCCCCUCUCCUGGGACAGCAGCCUGGACCCUCUCAGGACAUCAAGCCCUUUGCACAGCCAGCCUACCCCAUCCAGCCACCCCUGCCACCGACACUCAGCAGUUAUGAGCCUCUGGCCCCACUUCCCCCAGCUGCUGCCUCUGUGCCUGUGUGGCAGGACCGCACCAUCGCCUCCUCCCGGCUGCGGCUUCUCGAGUAUUCUGCCUUCAUGGAGGUGCAGCGAGACCCUGACACGUACAGCAAACACCUAUUUGUGCACAUCGGCCAGACAAACCCUGCCUUCUCGGACCCGCCCCUGGAGGCAGUCGAUGUGCGUCAGAUCUACGACAAGUUUCCUGAGAAAAAGGGCGGACUAAAAGAGCUCUAUGAAAAGGGGCCCCCUAAUGCUUUCUUCCUCGUCAAGUUCUGGGCCGAUCUCAACAGCACCAUCCAGGAGGGCCCGGGAGCUUUCUAUGGGGUCAGCUCCCAGUACAGCUCAGCUGAUAGCAUGACCAUCAGUGUCUCCACCAAGGUGUGCUCCUUUGGCAAGCAGGUGGUGGAGAAGGUGGAGACUGAGUAUGCCAGGCUGGAGAAUGGGCGCUUCGUGUACCGCAUCCACCGCUCACCCAUGUGCGAGUACAUGAUCAACUUCAUUCACAAGCUGAAACACCUGCCUGAGAAGUACAUGAUGAACAGCGUCCUGGAGAACUUCACCAUCCUGCAGGUGGUCACCAGCCGGGACUCCCAGGAGACCCUGCUUGUCAUUGCCUUCGUCUUCGAAGUCUCCACCAGCGAGCACGGGGCCCAGCACCAUGUCUACAAGCUUGUCAGAGACUAGGGUGCCCCUGCCCCCACCACCAGGGUCCAGGACGAGCAUCUUUCCCACACAUCUGGCAGCCCUGGGGGUCCAGGACUGAGGACUCAUCUGCCUGCCAUGCCUCAGGCCCAGGACCCAGGAGGCCUUCCCACCCACCCCCAGCACACACACUCCUUGCCACUGUUCUGUGCUUUAGCUGUGGGAGGAGAGGAGGGCUCAGCCGUGGGGCAGCCUGCCCAAGAGCUGGCCCCUGUCAUCCAGCUCUGCCCAGCCUUGAAUGAAUGGGAGGACAUCUUCAGGCUCAGGCAUGUGUGGCCACUGGCCCCUCAGAGGAGUGUGGCGGGCAGGUGAGGGCAGAAUGGAGACCGAGGGAGCUGGGGUGCAGAGACCCCAGAAAGGAGAGUGUCAAGUGGGGUUGAGUUGAGAAGAGAGGGGCCAACACUUUCUUUGCACCUGCUGUGUGCCAGGUCCCCUGUGUGCCUCAUUUCAUCCUCAGACCCUGCAAGGCAAGCAUGGGUCUUGCUGUCUCAGGUGAGUUGCUGAGACUCCAAGAAGUUGAAGGCCCCGUGGGCAGAGUUGGAGUUCUCACCCAGGGCUGCCUGUCCCCCGAGCCCAGGUUUACACUACCUCCCUGGAGUGGCCGGCUGUAGUGGGUGGGAGAUUGGGUCUGCACUGAGGGGCUAGGGUCAUUUGGGUUUGGAGCACAAAACACCUCCUCCCAGAGUCCCCUGACACAGGGGAACAGCUGCUUUUGACUAGGCAGGAGGAGGGGAGCAGCAGGGACUCAUCACCCAUUAGGUGCCUUCUGUCACCCCUGGUCCAGCCAAGGGCCUCGGGAGCCUCCUGUGCUGACCUCCUCCAAGUUGUCCCCGCCCAGAUCCUAAGCCCAAGGCCCCCAGCAACCUUCUGAUGAAGAAAGGCCCCCAGAGGCAGGUCCCCGCUUGGGAACAGGCUGGGGAGUCAGAUAGGAAGAUGCAGCCCCAGCCUCUGGACAGACCAGUGGCCCAGGGACAAGGAGGUACCACAAGGCUUUAAAUUUUUUCUCUUUCUCAAGACUUGGGUCUGAUGAACCCUUGGUGGGUACCACUCUCAUGCUCUUCCCCACCUCAGUCUCCCUGGCCUGGAGCAGCAGUUCCUCAGACCCAGUUCUGAGACUGAAGGUUAGCCCUUCCCCUGCUGCCCCUUCCCAGUACCCAGACCCGUCAGCCGGCUUGGCCAGGCCACCAGCCUCUGGGUAUUUAUGAGUUUCAUAUGAAGUACUGUGCCCUUUACCUGCCCUUCCCCAUCCUGCCCCUGAGCUUCCUGAAGGUCCUCACAGUUUGCAUAUCGCUCAGGCCACCUCCAAACCCAACCUAGGUUUUAUAAUGUAUAUUAUAUAUUUUUUGUGUAUUUUUUAAAUCCAGCUGUGAUGGGUUAUAUCAUAAACGUGGCAUGGGGCUGGGGCCAGGGCCCUCAAGGCCCAGCUCCUGCUCAAAAAAAAAAAAAAAAAAAAAUUAAAGUUAUUUGUUUGUGG